GCGCCAACCUCAGAGGCUUUUGGGCGUUCAGGGUGUUGCUUUUCUAGCUCUCUCCCGCUUGCUCGCUUCUGCCCGACCGCCCCGCGCGCAGCCUGCUACCUGCAGAGCCAAGGUGCUCGGGUCCGGGGACUGAGUUCUCGGAGUUUUGCGGCAAAGUUCCGGCUGCUGUUUGCGGAGAUGCCUGGAAGGAGGUCUCGUAGGAACACUCAGACGAACCCUACGCGGGUGGCCCUCCCGCCAGAUCCUGAAGUCGAGUGUGCCAUUCAGUUCAGAAGGAUUGGAGACAAACUGAACUUCCGGCAGAAACUUCUGAAUCUGAUAGCCAAACUCUUCCGCCUAGGAACCUGACUUCAGAAGCUUGUGAAUGAGGAGACUCCUUUAAAAUGGAAGAUUCCCCAGUAGGUGCAGAUUUCAUCAGUUAGAGGAGAGAAUGCCUUGUAAUGGAGAAGAAUGUGAAGGAGCUCUCACUUGCUUUUGGAUGCCCUAGGAAUCGAAGACGGAUGGGUCAAAAAUGAGUUUCUGCUGAAGGUUUUCCAGAAGUCGAUGUUUCGGAUGCAAGAACAUUAAAAAAUGACUUUGUUAAUUUUGAAGCAGGAAUGGGAGAGUUAUGAAAAUAGGGGAGUUAUUAUUUAUACAUUUGGUUUUUGCUUUAGAGUCUUGUUCUAGUCUUUUUGCUGAAGGUUGCUGCCCAGCUUGGUGUAAAAGGAGUUGCCAAAUGAUUAGCUUAUGGGCAAGGGUCAAGAAACAGAAUAUGUUCAAUGUUUGUUUCUGCUUUUGUAUGGCAGCUCCAGAGCAAUGUGUAGUAUUUAGUUUAUAUAUAUUAUCUUGUUAAAAGUAAGGAUUUUUUUCAUGAGAACACUGAAUGUCAUAAUGAAUGUUGAUUGCAUAGGUCACUACAAAAUAUAAUUUGCUAGGUUUUUUUUUGACUCAAAAUGUAUUGUUUCUGUGCCGAUGACCUUUUAUUAAAUGUGUUCUUAUGGGAAUUAACUAGGAAGUUAUAUAUUUUGAAAAAAUUUGAUGGAAGUGUUACUUGGUAUCAGUAAAAUUCUUUCAGUUUGAAUAUUAAAAAGAUAAAGAG